GUAGCAACGUGCCUGUGCACGCUACGGCAAAGCGCGCCAAGGUAGGGUGGCGAGCAUACUACGCAGUGGUGUUUGCAAAUGUGUAAAACAUGGUCAAAGAAGAGGACGCGAUCCGAAAGUUCGUCGUGAAACAACUGCAGCAGUGUUCGGACCUCAGUGCACUGACUUUGGGCAUUCUUCGAAAGAGAUAUCUGGAGCAAGUAGGGAGAGAGUCUCUUAACAUGAAGGAUAGACAGUCUAUGAAGAAAAUCGUUGAAGAGGAACUUUUGAAAAUGCAGGUCAGCAGUGACGACGAGCCUCUUGUUAAGUUUGUAGCUCCACCAAAAAUCGAGAGCAAAAGAAAAAGGGUUGAUGAUGACGGGGAUGAAGGCUUAGAGAAUAAAGUGGUGGGAAGGACGAAGAGAUCACGCCUCGACGAGACUUCUCCAGAUUCCCCCGACUCUGGAAUAGAGAAGGCAAUGAACGAGGCAGGACAAAAAGAGGAACAAGCUGGAAGUGAUCACACGGAUGAAGACAACGAAGAGGAACAGGAGAAAAAGAGCACUAUGAAAACAGUAACACAGCAGAAACAGAAUAAGAGAGGGGGCAAGCAAAGCUCGAAAGGAAGGGACAACAAGAAGAAAAAGAAACCUGAGAAGAGAUGGAAUAAAGUAGAGAGUGAAGAAGAGGAGGAUGACGAGUUAGAUGAUUCAGAUGAAGAGGGGGGAAAGCAAAAUACAGCAAAGAAAGUAGAGAAAAAGAAAAAAGAUGAGGAUUCAGCUAGCGAGGAGGAAACGAGUGAUAAACCGACAAAAAACUACAGCAGUGAGUCUGUGAGCAAUUCUGAGGAUGAAAGAGGGAAAAGCAAAAAGAUGAAGAAAAGAAAAGAGAUCAGGAAAAAGAAGCCAUUAGAGACGGAUGCUGUGAAAGAAGUGGAGAGACAAGUGUUUGGGAGUAGCUCUGAGAGUGAAGACGAGAAAAACGAGAGCACUAAAACAAGGAAGAGAAGCAGCUCUGAAAGUGAAGCAACGGCAGAGAGUGAAGAAGAGAAAGAUAAAAGGGAGGAUGCUGCUGAUUUAUCUUCUAAAGAGAUGGAGAACAAUGAGAAAAAACAAAAAUUACAGGAAAACCAGGAGGAGGAAGCAAACGACUCUGACUCCUCCUCUCUUCCCUCACUGGAGGACGAGGAAGAACAAGAGAAGGACAAGAAAGAGGGAAAACAGAAGAGCGUGACAAAGAAGAAACUUCGUGAAGAGGGGGAGAGUGCAACCAGAGGAAAGGAUGAAGAAAAUAAGGCAGUGUCCAGGCUGAAGCGUUACAUCGCCCUCUGUGGUGUAAGACGGAACUACAAGAAGCUGUUGGACGGCUGUCGAUCAGUGAAGGCCAAGGUGGCAGUGCUGAAAAAAGAGCUGGAGGAACUGGGUGUGGAAGGCCAGCCGUCCAUAGAGAAAUGUAAGAAAGCUCGAUUGAAGAGAGAAGAAGCACAGGAGCUGGCUGAGCUAGAUGUCAGUAACAUCAUCGCCACUCAGGGACGUCCCAAAAGGAGAGCAGCAUCAGCGGUAUGGCCUCCCCCUCAGAAUGUCUCUCCUCCCCCUUUUGCCUAUAAACGUGUUGUGGACUCUGACUCUGACAGUGGGGACAGCCACACAAACAAGGGGCACAAGAAAGCAACAGCCUGGGGCAACCUGCAGGGAAUCAUCAGUGAUGAUGGAGAGAGCGACUAAGUGCCUUUUAACUCCAAUCUGUUUGUACAGAAAAAAACUGUUUUGCAAAUAACUGUUUAAAAUUUUACAAACAUUAUCACCUACUCUGUCAGUCAGUCUGAUAGAGAAUGAAUCUGUCCUUUGGCAAGAGUUUUGUGUGUUCAUCCUCUAGUAUGCUUUUGGAUUUCAUCCCAAGUUUAUUCUCUCCUUCAUGUGUUUUAUAAUUGUUAGUUUGUCCACUGAAGUUUCAUAUAAGUGUCCCUUGUGCAGAAUGAGGCUUGGUAAUGCAGCUUUGAAAAUACAAAUAAAAUAUGCCUUUUUUAAAA